ACCUUGGUCAGUCUGCCGAGACAGCCCUGGGGGUGGGACUCGCCGUCUCUAUGGAGACCGAGAAACAGGGGAUAAUACAGCGGAGCCGCCCGGGCUGCAGUCCCGCCCCGGAGCCGGCAGGGAGCAGAGCUGCAGAGCCGCCCGGUCUCCCGCGUCAGUGGGUCCAUUCUUGUGUCCUUCGGUCCGUCGAACGCGCACUGCAGGAGCAGCCACGAGGUAGAAGUCGGGUGGCAUGGCAGCGAGCACAGACGUGGCUGGGCUGGAGGAGAGCUUCCGCAAGUUUGCCAUCCAUGGUGACCCCAAGGCCAGUGGGCAAGAGAUGAACGGCAAGAACUGGGCCAAGCUAUGCAAGGACUGCAAGGUGACUGACGGGAAGGCUGUCACAGGGACUGAUGUGGACAUCGUCUUCUCCAAAGUCAAGGGGAAGUCUGCUCGGGUCAUCAACUAUGAGGAGUUCAAGAAGGCCCUGGAAGAGCUGGCAAUCAAGCGAUUCAAGGGGAAGAGCAAGGAGGAAGCCUUCGAUGCCAUCUGCCAGUUGGUAGCAGGCAAGGAACCAGCCAAUGUGGGCGUCACUAAAGCAAAAACAGGGGGCGCUGUGGACCGGCUGACUGACACCAGCAAGUACACGGGCUCCCACAAGGAGCGCUUCGACGAGAGCGGCAAGGGCAAGGGCAUUGCCGGGCGGCAGGACAUCCUGGAUGACAGUGGCUAUGUGAGUGCCUACAAGAAUGCUGGCACCUAUGAUACUAAGGUGAAGAAGUGAUGCCUGGGAAGGCCCCCCGCAUGGCUGCCCCGGCCAGAGGCUCAGGCCUGGGCCUAAGGGGCACGUGGAGCAAGAGAGCCCGGUCCCCUCCCUGCUGGACCUGCCAUCCAGAGCUUCCUGCCCAGCCCCACAGGCCAGCCCACCAGGCCACUGACCCAGACUGCUCUGUGUCCCCUUCCUCUUUCCUCCAUGACUUCUGUCCCUCUGGGGAGAGAGAGUCUGUGCCUAUAGCCUCACCGCCCCAACCUAGCCCCGGGCACGGCUAACCCCUGACUGCUUGCCUCAUAUUUAAGCUGCUGCUCUGGCCAAGUGCCUAAUUCUUACCCAGACCUCAAUAAAGACACCUUUUGUAUCAAU